AUGAGAGGAGGCCCGAGAUGCGCGCUCCUGCUCCUCGUGGCCGCCGCGGCGCUUGUCCCCGCGGCGCGGGCGCAGGGGGCGACCGCGCCCGCGCCCUCGGCGGGGGCCCCGUUCGUGCCGCGGGACGACAUCCUGCUCGACUGCGGCGCCACGGGGAAGGGGAACGACACGGACGGCCGCCAGUGGGACGGCGACGCCGGGUCCAAGUACGCGCCGCCCAACCUCGCCUCGGCCAGCGCCGGGGCGCAGGACCCCUCCGUGCCGCAGGUGCCCUACCUCACCGCGCGGGUCUCGGCGGCGCCCUUCACCUACUCCUUCCCGCUCGGCCCCGGCCGCAAGUUCCUCAGGCUGCACUUCUACCCGGCCAACUACUCCAACCGCGACGCCGCCGACGCCUUCUUCUCCGUCUCCGUCCCGGCCGCCAAGGUCACGCUCCUCUCCAACUUCAGCGCCUACCAGACCACCACGGCGCUCAACUUCGCCUACAUCGUGCGCGAGUUCUCCGUCAACGUCACCGGCCAGAACCUCGACCUCACCUUCACCCCGGAGAAGGGCCACCCCAACGCCUACGCCUUCAUCAACGGCAUCGAGGUCGUCUCCUCCCCUGACCUCUUUGGCAUCGCCACGCCGCAAUUCGUCACCGGUGAUGGCAACAGCCAGCCAUACGAGAUGGAUCCUGCUGCUGCUCUGCAGACCAUGUAUCGGCUCAACGUCGGAGGCCAGGCCAUCUCCCCUUCCAAGGACUCCGGCGGGGCUCGGUCAUGGGACGACGACACGCCUUACAUCUAUGGUGCAGGGGCUGGGGUAUCGUACCAGAACGAUCCCAAUGUCACAAUCAUCUACCCUGACAAUGUGCCGGGAUAUGUGGCACCUUCGGAUGUCUACGCCACCGCGCGAUCAAUGGGGCCAGACAAGGGUGUAAACAUGGCCUACAAUCUCACCUGGAUAUUGCAGGUGGAUGCUGGGUACCAAUACCUUGUGAGGCUCCAUUUCUGUGAGAUACAAUCCCCAUUUACUAAACCCAAUCAGCGGGUGUUCAACAUCUACCUCAACAACCAGACUGCCAUUGAAGGUGCUGAUGUGAUCCAGUGGGCGGAUCCCAAUGGUAUUGGUACCCCAGUGUACAAGGACUAUGUGGUGAGCACUGUGGGUUCUGGGAUUUUGGAUUUCUGGGUGGCUCUACACCCAGAUGCAGAGACGAAGCCACAGUACUAUGAUGCUAUUCUCAAUGGGAUGGAGGUGUUCAAGCUGCAACUUACUAAUGGGAGCCUCGUGGGGCUCAAUCCUGUCCCAAGUGCUGAUCCACCAGCGCAUAGCGGGUCAGGAGACAAGAAAUCUAAAGUCGCGCCUAUUGUUGGUGGAGUAAUUGGAGGUUUGGCAGUGCUUGCGCUUGGAUAUUGCUGCUUCAUCUGCAAGCGUCGGAGGAAAGCGGCCAAGGCUAGCGGCAUGAGUGACGGCCAUUCUGGUUGGCUGCCAUUGUCGCUGUAUGGCCAUUCACACACUUCAAGCUCAGCCAAGUCGCAUGCUACAGGGAGUUAUGCUUCAUCUUUGCCGUCCAACCUGUGCCGCCAUUUCUCCUUUGCAGAGAUCAAGGCCGCAACCAAAAACUUUGAUGAGUCACGGAUCCUUGGCGUUGGUGGGUUCGGUAAAGUCUACCAUGGAGAGAUUGACGGGGGCACAACUAAGGUGGCUAUCAAGCGUGGCAAUCCCUUGUCUGAGCAGGGCAUACAUGAGUUCCAGACUGAAAUUGAAAUGUUGUCAAAGCUCCGGCACCGUCAUCUUGUGUCGCUGAUUGGUUACUGCGAGGAGAAGAACGAGAUGAUCCUGGUCUAUGACUACAUGGCUCAUGGAACUCUGCGUGAGCACCUAUACAAGACCCAGAAUGCACCGCUUAGCUGGAGGCAGCGUUUGGAGAUCUGCAUCGGUGCAGCUCGUGGGCUUCACUACCUUCACACCGGUGCAAAGCACACCAUUAUCCACCGUGAUGUGAAGACGACAAACAUCCUCCUGGAUGAGAAAUGGGUUGCCAAGGUUUCAGAUUUUGGUUAUCUAGAUCCUGAAUAUUUCCGCAGGCAGCAGCUCACUGAGAAAUCUGAUGUGUAUUCGUUUGGCGUGGUGCUGUUCGAGGUCCUUUGUGCUCGGCCUGCCUUGAACCCCACUCUUGCAAAGGAAGAAGUUAGCUUGGCAGAGUGGGCACUGCACUGCCAAAAGAAGGGAAUUCUUGAUCAGAUUGUUGAUCCCUACCUGAAGGGAAAGAUUGUUCCGCAGUGCUUCAAGAAGUUUGCCGAGACGGCUGAGAAGUGUGUUGCCGACAAUGGCAUCGAGCGCCCUUCGAUGGGAGAUGUGCUUUGGAACUUGGAGUUUGCUCUUCAGAUGCAGGAAAGCGCGGAGGAGAGUGGAAGCAUUGGGUGCGGGAUGUCAGAUGAGGGCACUCCCCUCGUGAUGGUUGGAAAGAAGGAUCCCAAUGACCCAUCAAUUGAUUCCAGCACCACUACGACCACAACAACUUCCCUAAGCAUGGGUGACCAAAGUGUCGCGAGCAUCGAUUCGGAUGGGCUGACGCCGAGCGCGGUGUUCUCACAGAUCAUGAACCCCAAGGGGCGGUGA